CAUUUCAUUUCAUUUCAUUCCAUACUUUGUUUUCUGCACCCAAAUUCUCACAAAACACAAACACAGAAUAUAGAGAGCUCCAAUAAAGUUGGAGGCAAAAAAAGUUGUUUUGAGUUCCAAGAACAAUGCCUACAACAUCACUCACUACUUCUUUUCAGUUGUUUACAAAUAACCCAAUUUUAUGCAAAAAACCAGCAACAAUCCCAUCUGCCUUCUCUGCUUCAUCAACUUCCUACCCAAUUAACAGCAAUGUUUCGUUGUCUUUCGUUGCUCCUCUUGAAGCAAUACUUUUCGAUAUCGAUGGAACACUGUGUGACUCGGAUCCUCUCCAUUACUACGCCUUUCGUGAUAUGCUCCAAGAGAUAGGAUUUAAUGACGGAUCACCCAUCGACGAGGACUUCUUCAUAAAUAACAUUAGUGGCAAGCAUAACGAAGAACUCUGCAGUGUUCUUCUUCCAGACUGGGAGUUCGAGAAAGCGAUGAAGUUCAUGGUUGAUAAGGAAGAUUUAUUUCGAAGACUGGCAGCCGAACAGCUGGAACCCAUAAGCGGCCUGGAAAAUUUAUGCAAAUGGGUUGAAGAGCUGGGUCUAAAACGGGCUGCUGUUACAAAUGCUCCAAGGUCAAAUGCCGAGUUGUUGAUCUCAAUGCUUAAACUUGAAGAUUUCUUUGAAGUCAUUGUACUAGCUGAAGAUUGUGAAAGAGCAAAACCGUUUCCUGAUCCUUACUUGAAAGCUGUAAAUGCACUCAGAAUUUCCCCAAAUCAUACAUUUGUGUUUGAGGAUUCUGUUUCUGGGAUUAAAGCAGCCAAUGGCGCUGGCAUGCCAGCAGUUGGCAUGGCUACUAGAAACCCUGAACAAAUGCUACUCGAUGCUGGGGCGACGCUCGUUAUCAAGGAUUAUAACGACCCAAAGUUAUGGGAGAAUCUAGAGCAGUUAGUACAGCAAAAAAUACCUCUUUGAUUCAGGUAAAUUAUACAAGAAAGUGUGUCAAAAAUUUGUAGACUAGUUGGUUCCUCACAUUGAAGAACCAUUUGUUUACCUGGUUUCACCUGUUCUAAAAUAUUUCGUAUAUAAUUUAUAACAAGAUAUAACAAAGUCAUUCAAAUUUCCAAGAAA